AUGGCGGGCCGCAGAACCGGAGGGACCACUCCGGACGGCUCGCAGGCAGGAGACACAAAUAGCAGCGAGCAGAUCGACAGCAUGCGGUCUGAGAUCAGUUCGCUGACACAGCAAAUGGGCCAGCUGGUGCAGCUGGUCGGAGGACUUGCUGCACGUAUAGAGGAGAAGUCCGGCGGUGCCACGGAGGGCGCCGCUGAAAGCGGCGGCGCCGUGGAGAGCGUCGCCACAAGCACUGCAGGUCAUUUUGGGACCGUACAGUACGACGGGAGCGCGCAGGCAGCGGACCUGCGAAGAGAGUCUGGUCCUUCGGGACGACACAGCGGCGAAGUAGGGGGUUCAGACCCCCAAGAGGAAGGACCGCUGCGCCACGGGCUCGAGCGCGGCCGCACACUAAGGGAGACCCGGGAGCUGCAAGGCCCCGAGGAGCCGCCGGGUCCAGACGCCGAGCCAGACGCCGAGCAAGCGCUGCUGGCGGAGAUCAUCGUGGACUACGUUUCCAACUCGCUAGUACGGGAGCGGUACGACGAGGAGCAGGUCAACGUCGAGUACCGGCGUGAGAUGCAUGAGCUGCCGUACGGCACCGAGCUGCAGGAGGAGGCGUUCGGUGCAGAGGCAGGGGACGACGGGUCAUCGCAAACUCUUCAUGACCCGCAGCUAAGUAUCCCCUCGCCCUUCGGCCAGAAGCCAAGUGAUGUAGAGUGGGUGCCCUUGACGUACAAGGAUGUCCUUAACUCCAAGUACAAGGUGCUGUGGGAAGCAGCCAUAGCAAAGGAGUUCGACGGCCACAAGAAGACGGGGACGUUCUCCGAGAUUAGCGGUCUGCCCGAGGGGCGUAAGGCCAUCAGUGCGAAGUGGAUUUUCUCCCACAAGACCAACGAGAAGGGGCUGAUUGUUGACUUCAAAGCACGUAUGGUUGCGCGUGGUUUUUCUCAGGUUCCCGGUGUGGAUUUUCACCACUCAUCAUCCGCAUGCCCUUCCGCGGUGUCCAUCAAAACUAUGGUGGCCGUAUCCACCGAGAAUGGGGUGUCACCCGCGGGAUACGAGCAUGGUAGAUCUGCAAGCAGCACGGGGGGGGCGGUGAUCACCAGCGGGCCACGAGGGGGUGAUGCUGCACCACGCCCGGCGAAGGCGCCACGAAAGCUAACGCCAAAGCAACAUCGGCCGGGUUGCGUAUACGGCAGCCCUACCGAUCCGUGCAACCCCGCCGAGCGGUGCCCUCCCGCUGCGCCGCAGGGUGGCGUGAGCUUUGCCCAGCGAGCAGAGAACCUUAGGGUGAGGGGGAAAACGCUCCGCGCGGCGCAUGUCCGCAUGCACCAUGCGGACCAUACCAUCCCCCCGCCGCAAGCUCUGGAACAGGGGCGCUACUGCUGGACUACACAUAAGACAAGGAGCGACGCGACGGACGAACGUGUGCUGCCGGCACCCCGGUCCCGGCGGUGCACAUGUUCACCGAUGGCGAAGAGCUUGAACCGGCUUGGUGUCUUCCUGGUGCACAACUUCGCUGUCACUUCGCACUUCAAGGGCGCCCACGAUGGAAUCGGGGGUCUGCUGAAGGCUCUCAUGAAAGAGGCCGAGAAGAGAGGCUUCCGCAUCCACGACAACGCCGCCGCGCACGACUUUCUUUCAGCAUACGCCAAGAGCAAAGAAGAGGACGAAGGAGGUUGCUUGGGGAAGUGGUCUCCCUACAAGAUCGCCAACUUCAAGAUAGAGCUGAUUGGAGCCAACCAGAUCCGCCGCCCGCGUGUUGAUCUGACGGGUAUCCGUGGAACUUCCAAGUUGUACCAGUUCAUGGGGGCGGAGAACCAGGACCAUAGGCUUAGUAGUAGCCUAGGGGUGGAACCAGCAGAUUCUAGAGUAGACGUGGUAGCGGCAGGGAAUGGACACGGGUAG